UGACAAGUGUAUGUCCAGUUAACACGUCCGAAUGUGGAAUGUAAGAGUUAGGUAGUGGUAGGAAGGAAGUCCAGGUUGAAGAACGGAAUGAAGGACCAUCCGUUUUGGAGGUGAUUGUCGAGAUGGUCCAACACGAAGUGCUGCAAAACCGCAGGAUUAACGUCCUUGAGCUUGUUGAUCAGAUUCCUGGAAGUUCACGACCGUGAUCCUAUUGUUCUGAAGAACUAUGGACUUCUAGUUGAUCGACCAAGAAAUUGGCGGUCUUCCAGUCCGUUAUUCAUCGAGGACUUUAAACUCCAACAUUCCACAUUUGGGCGUGUGAAUGAAAGUGAAUUACGGAGUAAAUUAAAAAAAAGGCGGACAAGCAGAUUUCCUACGCCUUCGUUGGAGGUUUCAAUGGAAAGUGAUAAGUCAAAAGGCGAAUUCAAAUCGUAGUUAGAAUGAAUGGACAAGAUUUGGAAGAAAGCUUUGACAUCUAUAGAUCGUUUGGCUUUUUUCGGUGGCUACAGACAUGCACCCUUCACAAAGGAACACAGCUCUAUAAAUUGAAGACAUCAUCAGUCAAGUUUCGCCAAUAUAAAUAUCUACCGCAAGCGAAUGAUUGGUUUCCUCAAGACCUGCGUUUUGAAUAUUACAUCACAGAGAUGUAUGCAAAGAGCUGCAAUCGACUUCAACUGCCAGAAAGUUAUAUGGAAUAGAUCAUUGCCACUCUAGGAGUAAUACUAGAGUAGAGCUAAAGUAUGGUACCUCAAUAACAACCGAAUCAUCAUCAUCUCUUGGCACCAUUCGUCAAAUGAACAUCCAUGGGGUAUGAUGGGAAGAAGAGAGACCUCUUUACCUUAUCCUCUACCAACAUUAGCAACACUUCGCAUUGAGUUUGGUAUGAGGUACCUCAUCAGAAGCACGCUACGAUAACUGUACGACAAUGUACAAAGUCGGUUCAAGACAAUAUUAGCGGAUUCUAGCGAUACAGUUAAUUUUUUUACCUAAAAAAUUUUCACGUUUUCUUCUUUCUUACUUCUAACUAUAUACAAAAUUCAUUCACAUAGGACCAUUUCCAAUGGGCGCCCUUUUUUGUCAGAAAGAAUGCUCAAAAACCAUGUCUAC